CCGUCGGAUAUUCCCCAGAUAUCCUGUCAUAAAUGCGACGAUGAAAUGUACGGUUGUCGAGAUGAGGCUGUUACGACCGAUGUCUGUCAACUCGGAACAAAGGCAUGCAUGGUAAGUCAGAAUCCCUCCACAACUAAACGGGUAGAAGGGUUUGGUAAUCCCAACAGAAUGUUAGAUGGUGUUGCAAUCACCUUUCAGAGUCAACAACAACAGCAAUCACAGCAGACGUGUCGUCUUUGUUGCUUUGGCAGUAAGUGCCAUAAUCCAGCACCAGCCUCAGAAACUCGCGUUAGUGUUAUGAAAGACCUUCUUUCUAAAACCGGAUUAGAAUCGGAAGUAGUCGAAAAUUACGUGGAACUGGAGAACGAAAUUGCUUUCAACCGUGGGGUAGUAAGAUUAACUACUAAAGCUCCCCCAACUGAGGCAGAAUACGAAGAAGAGGAAUUCACUACAGAAGAAGAAGACGCAACAUCGUUGUCUGAGGAUCGUCUUCCUCGAACUACUUUUCAAUCUCCAACUGAAGAGAUCGGAGAAGAUGCAUUUAGCUCAGAAACUGAAGAUGAUCCAACGCUUUCAGAUAAUGAAUAUAAUGCCUCUAAAUUUUCUACUUACAAUGUUGACGAAUCUUCAGAUCCUGUCGAGGAAAGUGAAGAAUCACCAAUAGUUAAAGAAAACUAUUCAUUAGAUUCCACAAAGGAGAAUGUGCAUGAAAAAACUGCUGAUAAAGUUAGAAUUGAAAAAGCAGAAUACCUUCCAAUCUUUGCGGAAGAUAACGAAAAGGUUGGUAGACCUAGCAAAGAAAGAAUGAAAGAUGAAGAUUCGGGUGAAACGUUAGUUGCUGUGAAUUUUAAAAGACUAGGAAAUUCAGCCAUAAGAGAAGCAUCAAGAAUUUCUGCUCCUUUCGUCGCAAUUUUCCUCCUUCUUGUGAGAAUUUAA